GUCAGGAGAAGCAAAGCUUCGACUCCAAGUAGAACUCGGCCUCUCUUUCUUCUCUCUUUUUAUUAUCAACAGAGAGUUGAAACUCCUCUUUCAAGAAUCGAAUUCCCAAAAUACCCCUCGAAGCUAAUUCCCGUCUCUGCUCUCCUUUUUUCCCUUCGUCAAAGCGAAGAAAUCUGGGGUUGGGUUGUAGAUCUGGAAGAGAACUAGGGUUAGGGUUAGGGUUUUGGGGAGGAAUCUGCGAUGGCGGUGGAAGUAGGCGAGGAAGAGGCGGAGUACGAGAGCGAUCCCGAGGAGUCGGUGCUGCCGCUGGCGAUGCGGCGGAGAGAGGCGAGUGACGACGAAGAUGGAGAUGCAGAGGAGGCGGGGAGAGAGAAGAAGCCGGUAGCAAGGGCUGGGAUCGCAUCGGACGGGGAAUCAGAUGGUCAGGGUGGAGCGCCAGGGUAUGAAGAUGAGGAAUCUGAGAUAGAAGAGGAGGAGGAGGAAGAAGAAGAAGAAGGUGAGGAAGUGGAAGAAGAAGAGGAGUUAGAAGACGAAGGAGGGGAAUUUGAGGUUCCGGAGGCGGCGGUGGAGGCAGUGGCAGUGGCGGAAUCCAGCGGAGAAGCAGUGGCGGCGGGUUCUCGAGGGAAGAAUCAAGGGGCAGAAGAGGAGAAGAAAGAGAGCGAGCCAUUUGCUGUGCCGACUGCAGGUGCUUUCUACAUGCAUGAUGAUCGGUUUAGGGAGAAUGGUGGUGGGCGGCACAGGCGCACUCCUGGUGGACGGAAGUUGUGGGAGUCCAAAGAUAAUCGGGAAUGGGUGCAUGAUAGAUUUGAAGAGAUGAAUUUGCAAGAUGCCGGUUAUGACGAGGAGAGGAGGAAUUCUAAAGGUCAUUUUAGAGGACGUGGUAAAUACAGAGGUCAUGAUCGUGGAUAUGUAAGAGGAAACAGGUCUAGAGUUUAUGAUGAUGGUAACAAUCAAAACCGUAAUUUCAAGAGCGUAAGGGGGAGAGGGCCUAGGAGAUAUGAACCUCCUGGGAAGAACAAUAGUGUGAUGUCUGUUACUCAAAAUAAGCAGUCUGGAAAAAUACUUGAUACCCCAUCAAAUGCUAGUUCAGGGAGGGCACCUGCUCAUACCUCAAAUUCACAACCUGACUCAUUUAUCCCUCGGAAGCAUGUUUUUGCCUCAAGCUUAAGCUCUGCCUCUCCUCCAUUUUAUCCCUCUGGGUCUUCCAAUCAAGACAUUUCUGUAACACAGAAGAGGGAUGCACAAACUGGAGGAACCAAUAGGAACCUUCAUUCUUCUGCGCCAAUAGAGGAGAAUUUCUCCACGUCCCACUCCAGUACAUUGCUGCGAGGGAAAAAUGUUGUUCAUCCUACUGGCCAGGAUAGGCCUUAUAUGGCUGAUUCUACUCGCCCAGUUGGUGGGAAACCAUUGAACAAUUUGCAAUUGCAGUCUUCCGGAUCGUCUUCCCCAGUCAACACAACACAAUCUCCUCAGUCCAGGAUUCAAGGGAGGGGUCUAACUAUCUCAGCACAACUUAAUCAUCAGCCUUCCUCAUCUCCUAACCAAGUCAACAGAGGUUUUGGACAAACACAGCUCCCUGUUGUCCAUCAAAGGGCAGUUCAAAAUGCCAUUCAACCUGCUUUACGUGCUUCUCCUCAGCAGUUGGGUCAGCAUGCUGUCGGUGGGACUCAGGCCUCCUCGCCACCUCAAGCUCAGUCAAUCAAUUCAUCCGAUGUUGGAGAGAUAGAAUCUCCACCAGGUUCGAGUAAAUCUAAGACUGCUUUGGUUGGAAAGGGGAAAGCCAGUAUUCAGGGAAGUGGAAGGGGCUCUUUUUUGUACAGUGGAGCCCAAGUUAUUGGAGCUACUGGUGCCAUGGGUGUUGCUCAUGGUGAUCAAAACUUUCCUGGCACUCCGGCACUCCUGCCAGUUAUGCAAUUUGGGGGUCAGCAUAAUGGUGGUCUUGGUGUUCCUGCUGUUGGCAUGGCACUUCCUGGAUACGUUGCCCAACCACAGCUUGGCUUUGGAAAUUCUGAGAUGACAUGGGUGCCAGUCUUGGCGGGAGCUGCUGCAGCUGGAGCUCUGGGGGCAACCUAUUGUUCACCUUAUAUUGCUGUUGAUGGUGGUUACUACGGUCGCCCAUCAGGACAGACAUCUUUGAGUGGCUCUAAAGAAGCAAGCACUAACAAACCUAAUAACGUGUCGAAGCCUCCACAAAGACCUGAGCUUGUAAAUGAUGAAUUUGGUCAAAGGCAAAACAAGCCUCGCAGAUACUCGGAGAUGAACUUUGGCCCGUGAAAGUACAUACAUAAGAUUGAGUGGUAUUUGAAUAAGCAGCUAAAGGCCUACUUCCCCAGCCCUUUGUGAUCACAGCUUUUGUUCUGGAGCACUCUGGGCAGCUUAUAUCCAAAGAUAUGCUAGGGAAUUUUGAUAUUUAUCUGAUAAAGAAGCUCCAAGUGCAAUCUCUGUGGAUCUGAUCUGCUUUAACUACGAGCAUUUAAACGGCUGAUCUCAUGUGGGUCAUGAGAACUGAUGACGGAGGAGAGGAACUUAGAAGAAUAUAGGAUAUUCAUGAAAGGAAUUGUAGGAGUAUUCGUGAAAGGAUUGAAUGUACGUGAAUGGAAGGGAAGAGCGCCCUCAGAAUGCUACAACUGUGAGGGGGAGACGAAAGGCCUGUGGUCAAGUGUGAAAAGGCUGCUGUGAGUCCAUCUGAGACUGUUAAUGGUUGAGGGAGAUUUGAGUCAUUUGGCAAUGCAAGCAGGUGGGCAAAAUCUUCAGUCUCAUAUCCAUGGUGGUUUGCAGUCUGGAUUGAGUAGAUUAGGGAGUUGUGAGGACCAUUCAUCUUUUCUUUCCCAUGUUGAUACUUGGUAGGGUAUAGAAUUUAGAAGUGGAUUCCCUAGCCCUGCCCCGCAAAGGUGUUCUUAUGCACUCUUACUUUUUGUGAAUCUCUUCCCUUUUUGUUAAUUUGUGUUUUCCUCUUUUGAUAGAUUUUUUUUUUUUUUUUUGUUUGUUUCCCUGAGAUUGAUAAGCUGGUCUCAGACCCAGCACUUCACUGUUGAAAUGCAUCCCGUCUACCAUCGAAUCAUUGUGCUAUGGGUGCGAACUUCUUGAUAGAAUGUUUUUCCGACUCCUAGGAAGAGGGAAAAAAAAUCUGGUUCUCUCACAA